AUGUUCUGGCAUCACCGUAUUCUAGUGAAGAAGAAGAUCACAGCGGGGGUGUGGAUAGCUAUCACCCCCGACCUAGAGCUUGUGCGUCAUAACUUCCUAGAGCAGCGCCACCUCGUCCUGGACCGCAAUUCGAUGUUCCCUGCGAAUCGUCGGGGUGAGGUGUAUGGCUUCGACCCUGUGCCUAGAGCUAAGAUUCUGGCUCUGAAAAGGCAAGCCGCAGUUCAGGCGGCAAUAUUGGGCGACGGCGACCAUGACGUUGAGAUGGAGAACUUCGUUUGGGUCGUCGCGGAGGUAGGUCACUCACGGUUUGCCCAGCCCCUGGUCGAUGCAGAGUUGGACCAGGCUUCCUUGGGGCAUUCCAAGGGCGUGGCGCUGGUGAGCGGCCUCGAGGUGUUCGUAGAGAAGGGUGGAGACCUCCGCACCUUGGGCGACCAUCGGGACUCCGCAGGCCGCUGUCAUCUGCCGCUUUCAGACGCUGUAUCCCUGAUGCGCGAGACGAGCUUCGACGAUUGGGCCAUGCCUGGACCGCGAGUCGCCAAGGAGUGGCUCGUUUCAGUUCGGGAUGGCCCUGGAGAUCUUUCUUCUUAUCACGGACAGUGGGUUCGCCGUUCGGGAGUCAGCGAGUCCUCGGCGGUGGCCCACAUUCAUUACGUGCUGUGCGAGUCGGUUCGGCUGGCCAUUCAGACAGACCAGCUCGACGUGACCAACUUGUUGAGUUUCGAACUCAUCAUGCGCAGGAUCUGCCAGGACGAGACCGCGGUGGCUCGCAACCCUCGCCAUCCUGACUACGGUGGGCUGGAGAUUUUGCUUCGCGCUCCAACCGCCGAACAAGGCCAGGCGAGCACGAACAGGUUCACGGAGUGGGUCACGAGCCGUCUCAAGGAGCAGGCCGCGAUCUACAAGCAGACUCGGUUGUGGGACGAGGAGCAGCGGGCCAUGCAGAACUCUCGUGCCCCCGCAGACCUGUACUGCCAGGAGCCGAAGAACCUCGCGCCGUUCGAUCUGACAAAGCUCAAGGUCGCAAAGGGGCGCGCUCGACCUCGCUCUGCGGCUAACUUCUUGCCGCCUUUGCCCGCGGACAUGAUCCGCAACCCUGCACUGUGCAUCGAGAAGGACGAGGGGGAGAUGGAGUUCACGCGCCAGCACACCGAUCCUAUUCGUCCUUACUGGGAUCCUGUGCUUCGCUCGAGUCGGACAGAGCGUUGGCGACUCUUCAGGGUGUUGUAUGAGCUAGGGCUGAUAACUUUCAGGCGCCGUCUUCGGGCUCGUGCUGCCCUCUUCUUUGUGAAGAAAAAGAAGCCAGGUGAGAUUAGAAUGAUUGUGGAUGCUAGACAGGCCAAUUCGUGUCAUCGUGCCCCUCCGACUUCAAGACUCGGCUCAGCUGGGGCUUUUGCAGACCUCGACCUCUCCGUGGGUGGCGAGUCCGUCGACGGUGUCGGCAGCGUGAUAGGCUGGGACCCCCACGGGAACGAGGCCGAUGUCGAGGACUGCUUCUACAACUUCGCCAUCGAUGGCUUGGCGGAGUGGUUCGGUUUCGACGACCCGCUGCCCGCCGCCGAGAUCAGGGACACGCACGGCAUCAAUGUCGGAGCAUUCUGGGACCCCGAGCUGAACACGAUGGUCUCCGUGGAGGACGACAUGGUCUUGUAUCCGUGCAUGCGCGCUAUGUGCAUGGGGUGGUCCUGGGCUCUGUACUUUGCGCAGGAGGCUGUAUCCGCUAUGACAGAGCGGGCGCUGCGCUCGUCGUCUCUGCCGACGCCUGCCAUGGUGAAGGAGCAUCAUCCCGCCCCCGACUUGAAUGAGUCUGAGGUCAUGGGAAGCGUCUACGUGGACAACAUCACUGUCUUCGGCAGGGGCGCUUCUCUGGCUCGUGAGGCGAGCUCCGCCCUGCAGGCCGAAGCUGACCGAUCUGGUUUGCCUAUCACGUGGUCCUAUCCUGAUGUGGUGACCCACCUCGAGACCGCGGGCGUUGAGACCGACCUCAGGAAUGGGAAGCUUCGCAACAAGGCCUCGCGAGUGUGGCGGUUUGACUUGGCCACCCGCGCUCUCCUGCGUCGUGGCAAGAUGCGAGGAGAGCGCAUGGAGGUCUGGCUGGGCCACGCUGUAUCGCUGCUGAUGCUGGCCAGGCCUGGGUACGCCGCGCUCUCAGCCACGUGCCGGUUCGCCGAGACCGCCUGGGGUGUUCGGACCCCUCUGCCGCGCGAGGUCAUGCACGAGAUGAGGCUGGUCGCUGGGCUGGUCUGGCUCGCUGAGGUCGACCUGGCGGCGCCCUACGUGCCGCACGUCUAUGCCAGCGACUCCGCGGACAACGGGUACGGCCUGAUGUACAAGAAGGCCACGGUCGAGGAGAUGCAGUCGGCCUUCCGCUGGAAGGAGAAGUGGAGCUUCAGGCAGCACCUCCGAGGCCCCCGCGUUGGUCUGACUUCGGCCGCUGAUGUCGCUGAGAUGGGCGGCUACAAGGAAGCAGACGAGACGCAGCUGGAUCACGAGGUGGAGCCCCGUUGCCGCUCCGCCGAGCCGAACGCUGGCUCCGCCCCUGCCACGGCCUUCGGCCAGAGGCUGCAGAGCAAGGCCGAGGAGGGCUCUGCCCUCGACAGACCUCAUCGGCCUCGCCCUCGCCGUCUGCGACGGCGCCCAGCCGACCCUGACGAUCCCGACGCCGAGUGCCUCGGUCAGGUGGGCCCCCUGGCGCCGCCGCUGCCCGCCCCCUGGUUCGACUCGGAGGGCUUCAAGCUGGUAGCAGCAAGGCGCUGGCGCUGGCCUGGAGAGCACAUCAAUGUGAAGGAGACCCGCGCUGCAGUGAUGGGGCUGCGGCAUGCCUGUUGCGUUCGCCAGAAUUGCGGACGCCGCCUAGUUUCUCUCGUGGACUCCAUAGUAUGUGUUGGCUGCCUGGACAAAGGGCGGUCCAGCCGCUCAGCAGCUCUGAACGCACAGUGCCGGCGAGCUGCGGCCUACACAGUCGGUUGUAGAGUGCGUUGGAGGCUGCGGUAUGACAGCGCGAAGUUUAACGUGGCCGACGCUCCAUCUCGUCGGUUCGAGCACAACUCCCCCGACAAAGGAAAUCGAAGCUUCUCUGCGUCGAGCGUCCUGUCCGUCUUCUACUUCGACACCUUCGGUGACCGGUCGGGCCAGGGUUUCUUGGAGCUGUUCUCGGGCGAGGGUGGGCUCUCCAAGGCGUUCGAGGAGCUCGGCCUGUCUACUUACCCCUGCAUGGACAUCAAAGAUGGGGCUCGCUAUGACCUCCUGGACCCGAAGGUCCAGAACAUCAUCUUAGAGGACAUCCGAAAGGGGCAUGGGCCCUGGCCGCGGGCAUGUCAGCGCCUGCGCGGGCCCGGGGCGGCUCAGGCCCGCCUGACGGCGGGGGCCUGGAGGCCCGGCUUCGCGAUGCUGCGCGACGGCCGGCUUCGCGCGCCCGCGAGCGCCUCCGACCAGCUCGGCAGCGGCUUCAAGCGGAGCCUGACCUCGGGCUCGCUGGCGCCGCCGACUCAGCCGACCUCGAGAGCAGGUUUGACCCCCUGCGGCCUUUCAUCGUCUUCGGUCAGGACUCCAACCUCGAAGCAGCAAGGAAGCAGGCAGCCCGCUCGAGGAAAGGCCCGAAAGGUCGCUGGCCGCCGCUCCCGCGUCUCUAGUUUCGUGGAGGCGAUCAAGGGCCGCAACCUGAGCUUCGGGCCGACGGCGCCAGUCCCUGUGGAUGGAGGUGUCGCCCGUUUCGGCUCGAUCACCUCGACGUCGCUCGAGCGAUAUGGGACCGCAGUUCGCGAGUUUUUCGACUGGGCGACGCGCUCAGAUGACCUCAGACAAGCUCCAGAGUCCGUUAUCGAUCAGAAAAUGUGCAAGUACUUCGAUGUUCUCAUGAGUGAUGCUCGACAUGCCGCUGAGGGCCGGUACACACUCUGGGGGUAUCUGACUUUCUUCCCACGGUCGGACAUCGCCAAGUCCGCCCGCCUCGCGAUGGCUCGUGAGGCGACGAAGGGCUGGGUCCGCAGGUUCCCUGGCUCCUCACGACAUCCGUGGCCUCUCUCGUUUUUCUAUGUGUUCAUGAGUGUCUUCCUGAGGGACAAUCACACCGAGGCUGCCGUCGCCCUGGCCAUCCAACUAGACGCCUACCUGAGACCUUCUGAGAUAUGCGAACUGCGGUGGUGCUCCGUGGUUCAGCCCUCGAAGCUCUCAUCUUCAUUGUCAAGAAACAAGUGGGCUGUUGUCAUUGGUAACUCAGACCUCGGUGAGACCACGAAGACUGGUGAGAGCGAUGACACUGUAGUUCUCGACUCUAUCGGCCGUGAGUGGGUCGGUUCCGUGCUUGAGAUGUGGGCUAGGCGAGCCACGGCUGCGGAGGCCUCCAUCUUUCAGUGCUUUCAGGAGGCCCUCCAGUAA